AGUUUUCCCCUUUCAGAAGGUUCCUGACAGGGACAGCCGGUUUUUUCCACACGGAGUUAGAUUUUUAUAUAUGGACUGAUUACGAAUAUCGCGCCCCGUGGCUUAAAGUCGAUUUUCACUUCUGACUUCCGUUGCAGAUUGUUAGAGGAGUAUCACCAUAGAAAUGCGAAGAUACUCGCAUGGAGAAUAGUGGCGGUCAAAGGCUAUUUUCAUUAUUAUUUUUUAAAGUUCGGACUGUAAUCUACUGAGUCUCCACGAGGGCUCAGUUGUGCAAGUAAACUCCCCUGCCCACGCCACGCCCAACUCAGCACUUUGAAGAAAAUUCACCACUGUAACUGAGGCAAGUUGUACUGCCUGUGUUUUCUGACUGAUGUAUGGAAAUCACAUGAACUUGACCUUUGGAGAGUUUAUGUGUUCCAAAAAGAAUAGGAGACAGUAAAGACUAUGUCUGUUUUCCCCAAAAUCUCAUUGAGGGCAAAGGUUGAAGAGUACCUGAGGGCUACGUUUAAAAACGAUGAGCUGCUAACUGCUUUGGGUGCAGUGGAAGCCGAACGGAAAUAUGAAUCUCUGUUAAAUAAUUUAUCCCAUCCACCAGCUUUCACAACUGUUCGAGUGAACACCCACCUGGCAUCUGUGGACGAUGUAAGAGGUCUGCUUUCUGAAGAGAUCCACAAGCAGUACACAAGUCUUCCUGUUCCGGUUCUUCGGCAUCCAAAACUUCCUGACAUCUUACUUAUUCCUGUUAUUGGGCCCAGCAGAAAGGAUGUACAAAAGUUGACAAAUGAAGUUAUUGUUGGUGCACAGUGUGGGAAUGCGGUGCUUCGAGGAGCACACGUCUAUACUCCAGGAAUCAUAUCUGCUUCAAAAUUCAUGAAAGCUGGAGAUACUGUUUCAGUAUACUCUGAUAUUGAAGGGAAGUGUAAAAGAGGGGCCAAAGAAUUUCUCGGAAGCAAAGUUUUCAUCGGAAAUGGGAUUUCUGAACUGAGCCGAAAUGAAAUCUUUAAUUCUACUGGCCCACUGAAAGGGAUGGGAAUAAAAAUGACAGAACCAAUUUACCUUAGUCCUUCAUUUGACAAAAUGUUAUCGAGUUAUCUGUUUUUACAGAAUUUGCCCUCUUCAGUUGUGAGUUAUGUUUUAAAUCCUCAGCCAGGACAGAGAAUUUUGGACAUGUGUGCUGCUCCCGGGGGGAAAACAACCCAUCUUGCAACAUUAAUGUGUGAUGAGGGAGAAGUAAUUGCCCUGGACAAGACUGCAGAAAAAGUGAAAAAGAUAAAGCAAAAUGCUGCGUUACUGAAGUUGAAUUGCAUUAAAGCAUUUUGUUAUGAUGGUACUAAGGCACUUGCCAUUGGCAAAGGAGAGGACAGGCAAGAAGGACCUCCAUUUUUACCAGAAUCAUUUGACAGAAUACUUCUCGAUGCUCCAUGUAGUGGCAUGGGGCAGAGGCCAAAUAUGGUGUAUUCCUGGUCUUUAAAGGAAGUGACUUCUUACCAGCCCUUGCAGCGCAAGCUCUUCAGAGUGGCAGUGCAGCUGCUGAAGCCAGGGGGCAUCUUGGUAUACAGUACCUGCACAAUUACGCUUUCUGAAAAUGAGGAGCAAGUUGCCUGGGCACUGGAGAGCUUCCCAUGCCUUCAGCUUCAGUCACAGGAGCCCCAUAUUGGAGGAGAAGGCAUGAUGGGAGCUGGGCUGUCACCUGAGCAGUUGAAAAAGCUGCAGAGGUUUGAUCCAUCUGAAGCAGUUUUGCAGGGAAUGGAUUUUAAUUCACUGCAAGAAUUCAGAUACGAAGAUUUGAUAAGCAUGGCAAAUAAGGACUGCAUAGGAUUUUUUAUUGCAAAAUUUAUAAAAGUACCGUGAAAAUCAUGGCUUUAGAAGUCGACAUAAAAAGCACCCUUUCUGUUAACAUUUGGAGCAUUCUGAACUGUACCUUCAUGCUGCUGCAAUGUUGCCAAGCCAACAGACUGACGACACAGUUGCCAUAGCAGCAGCAAAAUCUGCCAGCUGUUUCCUUUGGGAAGAGAUCCACAGGUUGGAGAAACAAGUCUGAGGGAAGGGGCAGCUUCAAUUUGUAAAGCUCCAUUUGGUUUUAUAUUAGCAGUAGGUCACUGAUUCUAGAAACAUGCUUGUUUUUCAGUUUGUCUAAAAGAUUUAUUUAUUUUUUUAGAAAAAAAGCUGCAAUUAUGUACAGUAGAAAAUCUGCUUUCAAAGUAUUUUAUCAGUAAUUAAAUACACUGUCACAUGUUGUAAAACCUAUCCGAACUCUCAAAUUGCUGUUUUUGAAAAACAAUUUUAUAUUAUUAAAUGGCAUUUCUUACAAAACAA